AUGGUUGAUUAUUACGUCAAGGUGUUUUCAAUAAUGAAACUCGGCAAUUUCGACCCUAUUAAUACCUAUUGCGAACUCUGCUGGCCAGCCGCAAUGCAAGAUCACAUGCUCUUUUAUGCCACUCUAGCCCUUAGCCGAGCAGCCUGUAUGCUCAACGUGCCUUACAUAACAAACGAUUAUGCGGCAUUUGACAUCCAUUGCGAUGUCUUCAGGAGGGUCGCCAGGGCAUUCGUCGUGGUAGAAUCGAGGGAAGAGAUGAUACGAGUAGCAACCUAUCGACCUGGGAACGGGGAAGGCCUUGAUGCGUGUCGAAAAGGGACAGACACGUUACGUGAGUCACUCUUGUCGAGGCCUUUCUUCCAAACAAUUCAACAUGGUCAGUUCCCCGUUCUGCCCAAUCAGCAACUCUGGGCCUUUUCCCUAGGGAUCAAUGAGCUAGUCCAGGCAGGCACCAUCCGUAGAGACAUCAUGAACAUAGUUAUCCACACGGAGCGUGCGUUGCUCAACAAGCCAGAGGCUGUUGCACUUACGACUACCCACCUCGUUCCUCAACUGGUCUUUCCCCGGAUGUCUGAACAAUUGUCCGACUUUGAAUCUCAACUUUGCUACACUCUCCUUGCACUAUGUGGCUAUGUGGAUCGUAACAGCAGUCAUGCACGAUCAGACCCGGCAAUAUCAUUUCCGAGCGGAACUCACAGUGAUCCUAUGUUUAGCCAGCAACACGCUCCAGAGAAUCUCAAUGAUAAGAUACCGGUUGACAAGAUAGCACAAGCAUUUAUCAACAAGAAACUGUCUGACUCACAGUCUGUCGACAGACCGGCAACGCUUGAACGCAGCUGUUUGACCUGGUGUUCACUCAUGUUGAGGACGAUACUGCUUACCGACGCACACUCAAUCGUCACCCCAUGGGCGGACUAUAGAAACGAAUACUAA